AAGUUAAAUUUGACCCGUCUCCAAUGCGUUUAACACACUUUCUAUUGUUUCUUGCAAAUUUAAAGUUUUGCUGGAAUGACAAUUCAAUAAACGUUCGUCUUAAUGCCAAGUGGAGGUCAUCCUCGAUUUUGGCCGAAAUUAGUGAGUAUAUUGGAAAAGAAAACCCCGAAGCAUUCUGGAAUUUUGUGAAUAGUGUCAACCAGGAAAUCGAUGAAACUUCCAACAAAAAUGAUUCUAUUCGCAAUAAAUAUGAUUUUGGUAUGUCGGUUGCAAACAAUAUUCUCGGCCCAUUUGAAAUGAAGCUUCUCCGUUUUUCAUUGGCUACUAGAUCAAUAUCACCUAGAGUACAGGCUCAUGAGCAAAUUGGAAUGGAAUUCAAACCAGAAAAAUGUUCAUUUUCGUUUUUUGUAUAUGGUGGUCAGGCGGGAUGUCAGUUGAGUGAGCUGAAUCUUAAUAAUUAUGAUGAUAACAAUUUAAAAAUCUUUUCAUUUGAUCAUAUUUACCCAGUUCAAUCAACCGCUGAGAAAACUAUUUUAAUUUAUGGAGAACUUGGCACUUACGAACUCAAGAAUCUCCUUCUUGAAGCUCAAAGUCUGAUCGAAAAGCACAAAAAUCUCAGAUUCGUGGUUCGCCACUUUUCUAGAUUUUCAGAUCAAAAGCCUUCAUUAUCUGGUUAUGGAGUGGAACUUGCUUUGAAAAACACGGAAUACAAGGCUGUGGAUUCUUCGUCAACCAAUAAAUUGGAUGAACCUGAGAACCUUCAUGGAUUGAAUUUCAAAAUUCUAAAAAAUCGGCACUUGGAAUUGCAGAACGAGUUGGAAUCUUUACGUGAAAAUCUUGAAAAACAAGGAGAAAUUGUGCCGUUAAAGCAGUGGCAGCUAAAAGAUUUGGGUUUUAAAACGUGCCAAAAACUGAAAAGUUUGACCGAAAUUCGUGAAAUGGAAAUUCUACUGCAGGAUUUUCCUACACAUGCCAGGGUAACAUCUCAUCAAAAUCUCAAUGAAACAUUGCAAAGAUCAAUACAAAAAGGACAAGAAACUCUCGAAGCAAAAGGAAUUGAAUCAGGAACAAAUAUUUUGGCAAUUAACGGAAGAGUUAUUGCUAAAGGAGACUCAUUUGUUGAUUUAUUUGCUUUGAUGGAAAAAGUAGAAGAAGAGAAGAAAAUGGUCAAUGAAUUUGUGAAAGGGUUCGGAAAUUCAGAAACUGAGGAAUUCGAGAGAAUCAAUAUUCCCAAAAUGCUUACCUUGGUGGAUUUAUCUUCAGUGAAACUAUCUGAACACGCAUUUGAUUAUUCCAUUGCCGAGCCUGUUUAUCUGAACGAUCUGGAAUCAACAAGAAGUCCAUAUAAAUCUCUUAUGCUAAUGCUUCAACCAUUCCCUCCUGGCCAAAUCCGACCAAUUUCUCGGAAUAUAUUUAACCUGAUUAUGUUUCUUGAUCCGUUUGAUUCAGACGACAGAGUUUUCGAUGAUGUUAUCAGAAAUUUCCAAACAGGAAUUCAUAUUAGAUUUGGUUUCGUGCCGAUUCUCGACGAAGCGAAAUAUGGAAAAAGCAUAGAAGAAGCUGUAGAUUCUAUGAUUGUUCCUCCUACAAAAAAAGUUUUUUGGAAGUCAAAGGAUAGUCUAAUCAAUGCUUUGAAGAAAGGUAGUCGAUUUGUGGCUGAAGCUGGUCUAACCCAAUUACCACUUGUUCUACUCAACGGAUAUCCAUUAGAUGUGACAUCAAUUGAAAGAUUUGAAUCUUCGUUGACACAAAAUAUUCAAAAACAAACAACACGACUCCAACUUGCAUUACUUCAUGGACUAAUUGAAGAUUCUGUACAAAUUGAUCGUUGGUGGUUCGAGAAAAAGACAAAUCCGGAUAUUAUUCAACGCCUUAAUCAGAGGAUCACUACGGCAUUCAACAAUAAGGAAUUUUUGAAUAUCAGCAGAAGAUCUAUUCAAUUUUUAAAGAAUGUGCACUAUUUCUCGGAGGAAUCUGAUACAGUUUUAGCGAAUGCGGAUGUUACAACAUGGAUUAUUGCUGAUUUUGAGAAUCCAUCAAAUCGGUUAUUUGCUACCAAAGCUAUUCGAUCUAUUGCAUCUCAGAAAAAUAAUAAGAUUGCACUGAUCCCAAAUCCAUCAAGCUCUCGGAGCAACGACAAUCCAUGCUCGUUCAAUUUUGAAAAUGUUGGACCAAACUCUGACAUGACGAUUCUAUCAAAAAUUGAGAGUUUUUGUAUGAAAAAUAUUAAUUUAUCUCCUUUGGAUAUUGGAGUUAAUCCUGGAGAAACGGUUGUAGUGUCGAAUGGAUUGCUAAUUGGGCCUCUUGCUGGAAGAACUGAGCUUUUGAAAACGGAUGAUUUCAAUUAUUUGGAUACAUUUUGGAAAGAGAAAGGAGCAACAAAAGCUGCAACGUUUUUCAACGAAAAUACAGUGUAUGACGUCACUAUCAGUUUCUACUGCUCUAUCGCAAAAAAAUUUAAAGAAGACCAGCAAAGAAUGGAUUUUGAUGAGUUCAUGGAAUCAGGAAAUGGAAAUACAAUCAUAUUUCCUCCAAUUGAUUCCACCAAUUCAACAAUUACUGUAACUUGGAUCGCCAAUCCAGUAUCACGAGAAGCUCAACAAAUAAUUUCAGUCGUUAAAAUUCUGCAAAGAAUCACCAAUUCACGAAUCGAAAUAAUCUUCAAUCCGUCUGCCGAUAUUCAAGAAAUGCCCAUUAAACGAUUUUAUCGAUUUGUUGCAAACGAAAAGCUUUUGUUUAAUGAAGAUGGAUCAAUGGAAAAUCAUUCUGUAGUAUUCUCAAAUCUUCCUCAAAAACAAUUAUUGACAAUGUCUCUUGAGACAAAUGAUGCUUGGAUGAUUGAAGUGAAAAAGGCGGAAUAUGAUUUAGAUAAUAUUCUAUUAGAAACAGCAUCAGAGGACGUUGAAGCAGUUUACAGCUUGGAGCAUAUUCUUGUCGAAGGUACAUCUCGGAAGAUGAGUGGAGAAGCAUCAGAUGGAUUGGAAGUUGAAUUGAGUUCGGGUGGCAAGAACUAUGACACAAUAGUCAUGUUGAACUUAGGAUAUUUUCAAUUGAAGGCUGAACCAGGAGUUUGGAAUCUGCAUUUAAGAAAUGGACAUUCGGCGGACGAACACAAAAUUGUGACGAUUGACUCGAUUCCAGUUGAGAAUGAUAUUCAAAUUGUUGUUGACUCGUUUUCUGGAAAAUGGGUAGAACUUUCUGUUGAGGAGCUUACCGAACCGAAAGAGUCAGAUGACGAGUUAUCAAUUGAAAGUCUUUUGAACAGUGCUAAAAACUACUUCGCAUCACCUGAACCAUCAGAAGUCAUAAAUGUAUUUUCGCUUGCUUCUGGUCAUCUCUACGAACGUUUCAUGCGGAUUAUGAUGACUUCCGUCUUGAAUAACACGAAAACACAAAAAGUCAAAUUCUGGCUUCUCAAGAACUACUUAUCGCCAAAAUUCAAAGAAACGAUUCCCAAAUUGGCGGAAUUCUAUAAGUUUGAAUUCGAGCUUGUCGAGUACAAAUGGCCAAAAUGGUUGCAUAAACAAACGGAAAAACAAAGAGUUAUGUGGGGAUACAAGAUUCUAUUUUUGGAUGUUUUAUUUCCUCUAAAUGUGGAUAAAAUCAUCUUCGUAGAUGCCGAUCAAGUUGUUCGAGCUGAUUUACAAGAAUUGAUGGAUUUCAAUUUAAAUGGGGCUCCUUAUGGAUAUGUUCCAUUUUGUGAGAGUCGAACAGAGAUGGAUGGAUUCCGAUUUUGGAAAAGUGGAUAUUGGAAGAAUCAUUUGAUGGGGCGAAAAUAUCAUAUUAGUGCACUUUAUGUUGUUGAUCUUAAGGCGUUCCGCGAGUUCUCAGCUGGAGACCGCCUUCGUGGUCGGUACGACAGCCUAUCUGCUGAUCCGAACAGUCUUUCGAAUUUGGAUCAAGAUCUUCCGAACAACAUGCUUCACGAAGUUCCUAUUAAAUCAUUACCUCAGGAAUGGCUUUGGUGUGAGACAUGGUGUGAUGAUGGAAGUAAAGAAAAGGCAAAAACAAUUGACUUGUGCAACAAUCCACUGACAAAAGAACCAAAACUGAACUCGGCAAAACGUAUUAUCAAAGAAUGGACAGAAUACGAUUCAGAAAUUUCGAAAGUUUUGAAUUCUGCAGAUAUCAACACUCCAUCACCAUCAGUGGAUCGAGAUGAAUUAUGAUUUUCCUGUAUUUUUUCAUUAUUUGAAUUUUUUGUUUCUUAAACUGUAUCCGAAUUAUCACAAUUGUGUUAAAAAUUGUAUUACUUGAAUGAAUAUGAAUAAAUAUUUUAUGAGCUUA